AUUUAAAUGAAGACAUUUGGGAAUAUGGUGACAUCACUAAAAAGAAGAACCACAAGCAGUGAGAUGGUGACACAGGUUGGAAACAAACGUAUUUGGAAGAGGAAAUGAAGGCGAACAGUACGAUUUUUUACCCAGCUGUAAUCCAUCCAUCACAGUUUACAGACCCACUACCUGUUUCCACUUUGACCUGCUCUUCUGACUGUGUAGUCGCAGUUUAUCUGUAAAGUUUGUCAGACGAUGGGACGUCACGUGUUUCUGAAAAAACUGUGUUAACUGAAGGAAACUUAAGGGUCUCUGGCAGCUGGACGAGCCAACCAAUCAGAUUCACUGCAGGUAAACUCGGACAGGUUGCUGAAGGGUCAGAGGUCAUCAUGCAGAGUAUAAAGUGUGUGGUUGUGGGCGACGGUGCUGUGGGGAAGACCUGCCUCCUCAUCUCCUACACCACCGGAGCUUUCCCCAAAGAGUACAUCCCCACGGUGUUCGACAACUACAGCAGCCAGGUGACGGUGGACGGCAGGAUCAUCAGUCUGAACCUGUGGGACACAGCGGGUCAGGAGGAGUACGACCGGUUGAGGACGCUGUCCUACCCGCAGACCAACGUCUUCAUCAUCUGCUUCUCCAUCUCAAGCCCCGCCUCCUACGAGAACGUCAAACACAAGUGGCAUCCAGAGGUUUCUCACCAUUGUCCCGGCGUUCCCAUCCUCCUGGUCGGCACGAAGAGCGACCUCCGGAACGACGGCGAGACUCAGAGGAAGCUGAAGGAGCAGAACCAGACGCCCGUCACCCACCAGCAAGGCGCCGCCCUCGCUCGUCAGAUCCACGCCGUCCGCUACAUGGAGUGUUCGGCCCUCAACCAGGACGGCAUAAAGGACGUGUUCGCCGAGGCCGUGAGGUCCUUCCUGAACCCGCAGCCCACCGUCACCAAGAAGCCCUGCGUCCUGCUGUAGGACCGAGCCUCGACCCCCUCUGGGAACCUCCCCGGGGCCGGUUUGAGUCGGGCUGAUUCAGUCGCUGAACUGCCUGAGAGACAGUUUGCAAGAUUUAUGCUAAAAUGUUGUUUUUUUAAUGUUUGGUUAGAAUUUUAUCUUUGAAGAAUUAGACAAAGGUAAUUUAAAUAUUUCUGGCAAAAGAAGAGUUUUAAUUCAGACCAUCUUCACCUUCUCUGAUACAAAUCCAUUUUCAGUUCAAAGUUCAAUGUUUUUAUUUUGCUUUUUUAAACUUUCCCGUUCUCGAUGAAACCACAGCUCACAACUUUUUUCCAUCUUUUUCUCCCACUUCACUUUAAAAAACAAGGUUCACUUCAUCCAAUCACAGCCGCAUGCAGGAGAUGUAACAACAACAGGAAGUUAUUGUAGUAAUUGUAGUUUAAUUGGUCGGCUCGCUAACACGGUGACCGACUGCUCAGGGAGGAGAUUAAGAUCAUUUAAUACUAGGGAUGUUAAGAGAACCGAUACUUUGGUACCAAGUCGAUGCCAUAUUUCUGAAAACAUCAUGGUACUAGUUUUUCUACAGUACCGUAGGAAAAGUGCAGCUGCAGCUCCGCCGUCAUGUUGGGAAACCGGGGUGCUUAAUAUCUAACAUUGGUCAGUUUUGGCAGCUGUUACCUUCCAUAGCUCCGUGUCAAAGCCUUGAUCUCUCCCAAUGUUGGAGAACUAUUAAUUUAGGCAGAAGUUUUACAGUUCUGAUCAACUCAAAAUCAUCAAAGAUGUCUGUCUGACAGGGACCAUCUUAAAAGUGCAAUACGAUCCAUUUCAACUGUCGAGUUUGUAGAAAAAAGUUAAGAAUUAAUGUAUUAAAGGAGACCUAUUAUGCUUUUCCACAUUUUAUAACUUAUCUACAGUGUUAUAAUGUUAGAUGUUCAUGUUAAACAUGGCCAAAGCUUCAAAUAAUGAGGUUAAAGUAUUCAAAAGAAAUCCCUGUGAGCAAAAACCUCAGAUUUCUGUUUUGAACUGCUUUUUCUACCUGCUUUUUUUACGACACAAAAAGUAAAGUAAGCGCACCAUAAAACGUAGUGUGCGUGUGCAGUGCGUGACAGAACCAUCGACUGUAUGAUUGAGCAGCUGAUACGCGCACAUUUGUUUCUAUCAUUGGUAAGUAAUAGCUACUCCUGCCAGACAGUAAAGUGUACUAAACUUUACAGUGUAGUGAUGUUAGUGAACACUGCAGCCGGUCAGUUUUUGGUUGUCAUGGUAAUGUAUUACGUCCGACUAUUAAC